UUGACAACAGGUCUGCUGUCCAGAGUAACGGUAGCCUGCUUUGAGCCAUCAAUUGUCUGGCUCAACUGACGUUUGUUUGAGUCCAGCAGUGGUUAGUAACGGGGUCCGCCCGUUGUUCAGGCUAGUGCUGUGACAGUUAGCUGGUUAGCCGUCUUUAAAUGGAGUUUCGAGUUAAAAGAUGAUCGCUUCACUCUCAAGAGGAAGUUUGCUGGAUGAGGUUCUUCAUGGGGGCUACAAUGAGCAGCAGCUGGCAGCAUAUGUUUCCUGGGUGAACUCUCAGCUGAAGAGGAAGCUGGGACUGCAGCCCAUUGGAGACCUCCGCCAUGAUCUGCAGGAUGGAGUUGUGCUUGUUCAACUCAUAGAGAUUGUUGCUGGUGAGGUUCUGCAGGGAGUCUACACACCUCCACUGAACAAAGAGGAAAGCAGAAAGAAUGUGGAGGAAGUCUUAAAGUUCAUUUCCUCUAGAAACAUACGCAUGUCACACAUAUCUGCAAAAGACAUCGUUGAUGGGAACCUGAAGUCCAUCAUGAGGAUUAUUCUGGCUCUGGCAGCCCAUUUCAAACCUUCAGCCAGUCAAAGGGCUGCAGCUGGAGGUAGGAGGAGCUUAAGUGGAGGAAACGCAACCCACAAUCCUCUCUCCACGGUUGCUUUGGCUCAAGGGGCUGCUGCUGCUCUGGCAUCUGCCCGCCUGGACGCCUCACUGCCAAUACGUUUCGCACGUAUCAAUAGUGGCUGGGGUUUAGAUGGAGAAAGGAGCAUAUGUGUUCGUGCACUGGUCCAGCAGUAUGAAAGAGGUGUCACAGAUGAGCAGGAGAAUCCUCAUCUCAGCAGUUUGGCUCUCGUCACUUCACUAUCGUCAUCAAGAAGUCAGCAGAGCAGCAACUCUGACCGACAGGCGCAUGACAGCCUGCAGCAGGAGCAGGAGAGCAGCGUGGAGUCAUCUAAUGCUGUAGUAAAAAUGGCACUGGAAGAUUGUCUGAGUGAAACCUUGGAGGAGGUUCAAGAGACAUGGAAGAUGGUGUCUGCCCUACAGGCUCUGCUGCUGCAUGGCUCUCUCCCUGAGGAUAAACAGGACGUGUCUUUGACAUUGGAGCCAGUCAAUACUGAACAGCUGAUAGUCACUCGCAGCCGUUUGGAUCAGAGUAUGGAGGUCACAGAGCUUAAGAGAGAGCUGUUGCUCUGUAAGCAGGAGAUCAGAAACCUGCAGGCAGUUAAGGAAGCCCAGCAGCAGAGGCUAUGCACUCAGGAAGCAUCUAUCCUGCAGAUGAAGCAGGAACUUCUCCGAGCUAGCAUGACAAAAGAUGAACUCAACAACCACCACGCAGAGCUGAAGUGGAAGCUGGAAGAAUGCAACAGGCUGUGGGGUGAAUGCCAGCAGAAGGAUGUCGGCCAGAAGGACAGGUUACUCCAACAGUUCAAACACAAACUAGAAGAAAGCCAAAAACUCCAGGCUGAAGCACAAAGAGAGUUGGAGCAUACAAAUGACAUGCUACAGGAGCUAAUGAGUAGAAAUCUGCAAGAGAUUCCAGUCAGCGCAGAAAACAAUGAAUAUUCUUACUCUGGAAACCCAGCUCCUUCGGUGUCAGGUCAGGCGGAGGAGGUCCAGCUGCUCAGAGACGCGCUGAGGAGCCUGCGGAACAACUUCAGAGACCACGACCCACAGCACCAUACACUGGACACCUUGGAGCAGGGAAUCGUGUCACUCAUCGACAGACUGCAUGUUGUGCAUACUCACAGGGGCAGAGGGAAAUCACCGAGACGGAAAGGUCAGCACACAGAGUUGGACUCUUGGACUUCCUUCCAGAGUUGUCAGUCACAAAAUGGUUCACCUUCUUCUACAAAAAUCCUUUACUUUAUUGGAAAAUCCCCAACACCCUCCAUGAUCAAUAUUCCCAAGAGGCUGGGUGAAGUAACUCUGAAGGAUGUCAAGGCGGCUGUUGAUCAAGAGGGAAACUACAGGUACCACUUCAAGGCUUUGGACCCAGAGUUUGGCACUGUAAAAGAGGAGGUGUUCCUGGAUGGAGCAAUUGUUCCAGGCUGGGAGGGAAAAAUAGUGGCCUGGCUGGAAGAGGACCAGCCAGGCCACGGCGAUGAGAGACCUUUAUAGAUUCAAGCGGAGCAGCUAAAAAAUAUUCACAGUGUUGGAGACUGGACAAAUUAACACAAUGCUGUAAGAACAUAGCAUUUUUUUAGAUUAUUAAAUAUAAAUUGAAUAUCUCUACAGUCUGUGCAAAUAUCUGACAGAAAUGAAAUUAUAAGACUGCCUUACAAAGGAAAGCUGAUCUUGUCAUGUUCCUAAUAUUGCCACAUUAUAACUGCUGUAGAAAAAUAGUCGAGAACAUUCUUUUGGACUAAGUGGAUUUGAAACUACUGUACUGAGGCUUACAUGGAGAAUUAGAUGAAAAACAAAUAUUUUUUUAUAGAUAUUUAUGCAACUAUAUUAGUUCUUGUUUAAAUAAUAUAAAAUCACAAACUAAUUAGAAAAAAAAUUUAUGAGAAAACAGAACAAUGUUUUUUGCUACUGCUUGGAGGACAGAAUAGAUAGGAUGAGACUAAACAAAUUUACAGAAAUUUACCUAUUUUUUAAAAUUUUGUGGGACAAAACAUUUUGUCCUAGAGUUGCAGUUUUGCCUGCCACCUAGUGGUAGCAGGAAGCAUUUGCAGAGAAUAGUUACAGUUGUAUAAAGAAAAAGCCUUAAAGUAUCUGAACUCAUUGUCAUUGGAAGAACACAUGUAUGUGCCCAUGUAGAAAUUUAGACAAAAAGGCCUCUUCCCUUACCUGUCUCCAUUUUUUUGUAAUUAUAGACUAUGUCUCUUAAUAUUUUGAAUAAGAUCAUAUUUAUGUUAAAGGUUUAUUUUCUGGUGAGAUGGUAUUUUCCAAUUUAUGGUGUUUGUUGAGAUUUUAUUUAGCAAAGUAUGAAUAUUUGCAUGUUUGGGAAGGAAAAGCCUUUGGAUGUUUUACAUUUUGAAAUAAAAUUUUUGUAUGCUGCUUUGUAAUGUG